CAAGAUCUUUUCUAUCUUCGCUUUGUACUUGUAGUGUGUAUUUCGAGUAAGUUGUGGGCUUAAACACCCAAUGUAAAACAUUUGUGAGUUUAAAGUUUUUACAUUGAUUAUUAUACUAAGUUAAAACUGUGUGUGUGUGUGUCUUUAUGCAACAUAUUCUGGUUUUGAUAUAAUGCCUUGUAUUUUAUAAGAAGAGUGAAUAGAACAUGGAAUAGACAACUUUUUCUUAAGAGGACAGUUCACAAUACUUAUUGAAAAUGGCAACUUCUGUAGAUGCAGUUCAUAAAAGUUUAGAUUUAGUAAAGGACUAUUCUUGUCUUUCUUGCGAAAGUAAAAAUAUCAAAGAAAGUGCUGAAUUUUUCUGUGAAACAUGUUUGAAGUGUUUUUGCAAUAAAUGCCUUUAUCAUCAUGAUCAAAUAUAUGUAAAUCAUUUGAAAUAUGGAAGAGAAGAAACAAAUAAAUGGCCCCUGGCAAAGAAAAUGGAGGAUUUGCUACUGAAAUGUGAUGUUCACAGCAACAAUAACCUGGGAAUGUUCUGCCAGGACCACAGUCAGCUGUGCUGCUCUGAUUGUGUUUUAAUGAAUCACAGACAGUGUUCCAAUCUGGAUCUAAUUUCUGAAUCAGUCAAAACGCUGUCAGUAGAUAUUCAGCAGUUGUCAAGAAAAAUUCAAACAACUCUUUCUGAACUAAAUAAGUUUAAGAGAACACAAGAGGCUAGCAUUCCGUCCGUGGAGGGAUCAUACAAUGAAAAACAACAAGAAAUCAGAGAGAUGCGUAACAAAUUAAAUGCUGCUUUGGAUGAACUAGAAAACACAACCUUGAAAGAACUGUAUGAAAUAAAAACCACAUUGCAAACCUCUCUCAAAAAAGGUGUUGACAACUGCAGCAGACUGAAUGAUGAACUUCAACUUCUAGGUGAUGCUGUAAAUGGCCUUGGUGAUGAAAGUAAGAAGGAAUUAGAGUUCAUAGCCGGCAGGAAAUGUCUGGACAAAAUACAAGAGGCUGAAUCAUAUCUGAAGGAGAACCCAGUGACGGUUCAGAGAUCAAUGGUAUUCCAGGCAAACACUGACAUUGUGCAGGACCUGUCUAAACACUCAAGUCUAUGGAGGUUUGUAGACAGCAAGCAGUCUCCCAAAAAGGAGAUGAAUCCAGACCAGGUGUUGACUGUGAAAAGUAAAUCUUAUUUUAAUGUGAAAAUAGCAAGUGACAAAAAACAGACUUGCUACAUCUCAGGCAUUUGCAUCCUGCCUAGCGGUGAGACCAUUGUUGCAGAUUAUAAUAAUAAGAGAGUGAAGUUGUUGGACAAGCAUUACAAUAUUGUGUCAAGUGACUUGGAAGUGGAUAGUAAUCCGCAGGACAUUUGCCAAAUCUCACUCAGUCAAGUUGCUAUAAUUUUUGUGAAUAGUGUUCAAUUUAUCAAUGUGAUCAAUGGGAAGCUGGUGAUUGGGCAUCUGCUGAAGGGUUAUGAUGACACUAGGGAGUUACCACAUGCUACUCUUGGCAUUAAUUACCAUCAGGGUGAUUUGUAUAUCACCUCAGGCACUGCUCUCUACCACUACACCCUCACUCAGUAUGGGAAAUUAUGGAAACAUAAGAAAUCCCUAUAUGAGGAUACUCGAGGUGGCAUCACAGUUUACAAAUGUGCAUUCAGUCCUGACGGUGACUUGAUAUUUGUCUUAAACUUCGCCCAGAACAAGCUCAUUACACUGACCAUAGAUGGCACCCUGAUAUCAAAAUUCACUGACCCUGAACUACAGGGGCCAAAAGGUGUACACGUCACACCCACAGGACAAGUCCUUGUCUGUGGUAUCAGCUCCCAUACUGUCAUACAGGUCGAUCGUGAGGGGAAAAAGAAAAUGGCAACUCUGGCUUCAGAGAAAGAUGGACUGCGCUACCCAGUGUCAAUCUGCUACAACACCAACACUGACCAGAUCAUUGUGGGACUAUAUGCUAGCAAUACAAUCCGUGUUAUGGAAUUGUAAUAGCUCAUUUACAAUGUAUGUGGAUACACAUUUUUAUAUAAACAUAGUUAUAAAUGUAAUUUCCGUUUUUUCUUUAAAUGGCGCAUUUAGUCAAAGCAAUUUAUAUCUGGACGAGGCAAAAAAAUAUUCAUACAGUUUUAAUAUCGUUUAUUAUUUUACAAUUAAAUAAACUUUAUUUUGAAAAGUAAAUUGUUUUAAUGCUUUAAAGAUCGUAGCAAGCAUUAUUUAAAAAAAAUCAUGUAUGAAAACUGUCAACUAAUCUUGAAUUAAGAAUGUGUGUAAAAUCUGCACUGUUUGUGUGUUUUUUUUUAAUUUUUAAUGUAACGGUACUAAAUUUAACUAUUUUCGGACUAGAUCGGUAUGUGUCUGUGUUGAUCUUUCUUAACGAACGAAACAAAAAGUCAGGGUAAGCAAAUACAAAAAAAAACAUGGGCUUGUUAUUGGAAUUGGUGUUGCGCGUGGACCAUGAGCAGAGAGAAUAGUUUGAAGAAAUGUAAAACAUUACAUUCUGGCAAUGUUGAAGCAAUACACAAGUUGCAUUGGUUAAAUAUGGUGUAUUCGCAGCCACCCCCCCCCUUUAAAACCCUCAUCUCAAAGUCGGUUAGAGUUCUCCACUCAAUGGCUCUCUGCCAGCAAUUUCGAAACUUCAUUUCAGCCACAAGGGCCUGAAAGAGGAAGGUUGCGCCCACACUGUCGUUUGUCAAUUUAGCCAUUUGAGAAAAUAUUUUAAAAAAAUGCUCAAACAAAUUGUGAUUUGCGAAAAUGCUAUAAUCACGUUAAACUGUUCUUGAAUACGUGUGCCAAUUUUAUUCCCGACUGGUUUUCUAUCAUCUUCUUUUUGUUUAAUUGCAGUUGUAAGCAUUUAAACAGUAAGAGGUAACUGGUUCUCACCAGAAUAUGCGACCUCCUAUGACCUUAUUGUUUUUGAAGUGCACAUGUUAGCCAAUCAACAUUGAGCUCGCUGACACCUGACAUAACGUAUUUGAAUGAAACCUCUUGGGUAGAGCAAUCGUGUAAUAAGACAAGCAUGGUAUAGACAAAAUUUGUCUGAAAAAAAUAUUAAAGGUCAUUCAUUUUAUGCCAUUGAUAUUCACUCUAUAACUUGAAUAUGCAGUACCGGUAAUAUUUGUAAUAUUUCCCAAAAAGAUUGGUUCAUUGCAAAAACGUGUUAUGAAAUAAAUCAAUGAAAAGAAGUAUGAUAAUAAUUUAUUUAAAAGCUGAGUAUUACAAACCUUUCUGUCGAGUAUCGAUCUUAAUUUAUUACCGAUAAUAAGUAAAUCAUUACGGACAAAUCAAAACCUUACUGAAAGCGUAAUAAUUUUAUCAAAUGAAUGUGUUUAAAACAUUUUCAGUUGUGAAUUCAUAAUACAGGUACAGCAAUUCAUUUAGUUUGCUAUAAAAAUGGCAACAAAUCACAUGUCAGUUUAGUUGCUGAAAUGGCGUUAAGAGUCCUCUGGGCAAUAAUUUUUCUGACAAAAAACCCCAACAAUCUUAAACAACAAAGCAUUAGAGAAUUUUAAGAGUCAUGAACAGUUAUUGACAUGUGGCUCCGCAUUAACAAAUAAACACAAUUUAUCUAAUUAAUCUAUGAGUUUAGGAGCAGAAGUCAAAUACAUUCACUGUUGGUAGCAGUAUAUUGGAGAAAUAACAUGCUUAGUCUAAAGGUUAGAGUUUUGAAAUGGAGAUAGUGCAAAUCUUUGAUACUUUGAUGUUAUUCUACGUUGAUAGCAGGAUUUAUUUGUAAUGUAUGUGAUCAAUCAAUAUGUGCUUUAAUUGAUCGAUCUUGUAACAAAUGAGCUAUUGGGAUAUGCCUGUAGUUGUGUGUAUUAUAACUAUGCAAAGUGUACUUCCAUGUAUUAAAUGAAUGAUGUUAUUCUACUUUGACAUGUAUAAUUGUCAUGACAUGUUAUAUUGACAACUGUAUGCAAGAUUAUGAUAAGUGAUAAUAUGUGCUUUGUUAUCAUUAAAUGACAUUUAAAAAA